AUGAAUUCCUUAGCUUGGAACGUUCGGGGAAUUGGGAACGACCGAACGUUUCAGAUUCUUAAGUCCCAUGUUCUUGAGUUUCGGCCGGAUAUCGUUUUUUUGUCGGAAACUCUCUGUAAUCACUCUUGGCUAGAAGUUGUUCGUGUUCGUCUUGGCUUUGUGGGCAAAUUGGUGGUGGACAAAGUUGGUCGUAGUGGUGGUAUUUGCUUAUUUUGGACCGAGAACGUGGUGGUUGAUUUGUUGGGUUUCUCUCGGUUCCACAUUGAUGUUUUGAUCUCUUCUCAUUCGAGUUUAAAAUGGCGUUAUACAGGGGUAUAUGGUCAACCUGAUCAUAGUCUGAGACCAAGUUUCUGGAAGUUCUUUUCUCAUCUCGCAGAUGGGUUCCAUUGGCCUUGGUUGUGUGGUGGUGAUUUAAAUGAGAUUUUGUUCUCGCAUGAGAAGAUGGGAGGGGCGUUUCGGGCUCCUGGGCUGAUGGAAAAUUUUCGAAAUGCCUUGUCGAGUAUGGGUCUGGUUGAUAUGGGGUAUGAAGGCUCUCCUUUCACGUGGGUGAAAAGGAAUGGAAAUAAUGGUACCAUCCAAGAGCGGCUUGAUCGUAUGUUAUGCAACGAACAAUGGAUGGACCUUUUUCCUUGUUCUUCGGUGACUCACUUGGCGUUGUGGGGCUCGGAUCACCGGCCUAUUCUAACUAAGAUUCGUCAAGAGAUCUAUACUCCUUCCAGAGCUCAUUCGAAACCUCGGUUUUUCUUUGAAAUGGCUUGGGCUAAUGAACCGGAGUGCGCGGAGUUGGUUUCUUUAGGUUGGGGGACGCCUCGUGAGGACGGCAUGCAGGGCCUUUCGCAACGCAUUUCUUCUGUUGCUGGUAAUCUUUCUAGCUGGAAUUUCAAAGUGUUCAAGCGAACAAAGGAGGCAAUUAAAAUGAAAAAAAAGGAGCUUAUUCAACUUGAAAUUAUUAAUGAUGAAGCUGCUUGGAAAAAGUAUAAAGGGGUGGAAAAGGAUCUCGAUAUUUUGGUUUAUAAAGAUGAGAAAUAUUGGGCUUCUAGAUCCAAGUCCUCUUGGUUAAAAGUGGGAGAUAAGAAUACCUCUUUCUUCCAUAAAUCGGUUUCGGCCCGCAAGAAGAAGAAUGUGAUUAGAGGUGUAAGCAAUGGUGCUAAUUCUUGGAUGGUGGAUGCGAAUGCCAUUGAGCAUGAAUUUGUUAGCUACUUUGACCAUUUGUAUAAAUCUGAUGCUCCCCCCGUUAAUGAUCUUAAUCGGGUUUUUGAUCUAGUACCGCUGAAAGUUUCGGCAGUUAUGAAUGCUCAACUUCUUCGGUCGUUCUCCGCCGCGGAUGUUAAGAAGGCCUUAUUUAGCAUGGACCCUUACAAGAGUCCGGGCAUGGAUGGGAUGGGGGCUGGGUUUUAUCAGAAGUUCUGGGAUUCUGUGGGUCCGGAUGUGUGUAAUGCGGCUCUUAAUUUCCUUGAUGGUAAUGGUUCGUUGGAGUGUGUGAAUGGAACAACCAUUUUCUUGAUUCCUAAGGUCAAAGAUCCCAUGAAAGUUACUGAUUAUAGGCCCAUUAGUCUUUGUAAUGUGGUGUAUAAAAUAGUAACUAAAAUGAUGACCAAUAGAAUGCGAGAAGUAUUGGGGGAGGUGAUUUCUGAAGAACAAAGUGCCUUUAUUCCUGGCCGCCUCAUUACUGAUAGUGCAAUGAUCGGGUUUGAGUGUCUUAAUCUUAUCAAGCGACACAAGAAAGGUAAAACAGGUUUUCUUGCUUUGAAAGCUGAUAUGGCGAAAGCUUACGAUAGAGUUGAAUGGAGUUUCAUCUGUGGUAUGAUGCGUAGAUUGGGCUUUAAUGAGAGAUGGGUUAAUUUGAUUUUUCAUUGUAUUUCGACGGUUCAUUAUUCGAUUUGCAUUAAUGGAAAAACGGUGGGAAACAUUACUCCUUCUCGUGGUUUACGUCAGGGGGACCCGCUAUCCCCUUUCCUGUUCCUUCUUUGUGCUGAGGGAUUAUCUGCUUUGAUCAAGAAUGAGUGUAUUACAGGAGGUCUUCGAGGGUUACAUUGUGGGCGUACGGGUCCGAUGGUUUCUCACCUCUUGUUCGCUGAUGAUAGUUUCUUUUUCUUGGAGGCUACUCGGUCAAGCUGUGCUAGAUUCAGAGAAGUUAUGGGAUGGUAUGAGCGGGCUUCGGGUCAACUUGUUAAUCUGCAUAAGUCUUCGGUGUGUUUUUCUCCUAGAAUGGGUCAGGCAAUGGAGAUUGAUUUGUCUACUUUGUUAGGGGUUAAUAGAGUUCCCUGUCAUGAGAAAUAUUUGGGCCUCCCUUGCUUUGCAGGUCGAAGUAAAUCUAGUUUGUUUCAGUCUAUCCGGGAUAGAAUUUGGAACAAGUUAUUUGGUUGGAAGGCCAAAUUUUUUUCUGCUGGAGGUCGCGAGGUUCUGUUGAAGUCAGUUAUACAGGCUAUUCCUACGUAUGCUAUGAACCUUUUUCGUCUUUCGGUGAAGUUGGUUAAAGAAAUACAUAAACUUUGUGCUCGUUUUUGGUGGGGGGGGGGGGGGGGGGGGGGUAAUGAUAAAGAUAAAAGGAUGCACUGGUGUACUUGGGAGCGGUUGUGUUGGCAUAAGUUCGAUGGUGGAAUGGGGUUCAGAGAUUUUUUUGUCUUUAACAAAGCCCUCCUUGCUAAACAAGCUUGGAGGCUUUAUCAUUGUCAAACCACCCUCGCAGCUCAAGUGAUGAAGGGGUUAUAUUUCCCUCAAGGGGAUUUUCUGCAUGCUAAAGAAACUAGCCGGGGCUCAUAUCUUUGGAAAAGCAUUUUAUGGGGUAGAGAGUUGUUCCUAGAGGGGGCUAGAUGGAUAGUUGGUGAUGGCAGCUUGGUUAAAAUCAAGGAUGAUGUCUGGAUUCCUAAAAAGUUCGUAAAUACCACAUAUUCGUUCCAUGGGCAUCCUCUCAUUUCCACGGUUCAAGAUCUCAAACAUGAUAAUGGUAAUUGGAAUAGUAACUUGAUUGAUAGUCUUUUUGCUGUGGAUGAGGCUAAUCAAAUUCUUUCUAUUCCCAUUUCGCUUCAACGUCGGGAUUACCUCAUUUGGCAUUAUAAUGCUUCUGGUGAGUAUUCUGUUAAAAGCGGGUAUUGGAAUGCCGUCCGUUUGUUGGGUUGGGGGCAGUUUUCGAGCUCGGAGGGGCAAUCUUCUUGGUGGAAAACUCUUUGGGGCCUUUCUCUUCCUCCAAAGGUAAAAAUCUUUGCUUGGCAAGCUAGCUUACACUGGAUUCCUACUAGAAGUAAUUUGGUGGCGCAUGGAGUUCCGUCUACUAGGGACUGCCCUAUUUGCAACGAGGCUAUGGAGUCCACUUUUCAUGCGUUAUGGGGUUGCUCUAGUCUGCGUUCGAUUACCCAUCAUGCUCUGUUCGGUACACUUCCAUCUUUUCCUCCUCAGACAGAUUUUUACAUGUUUUUGUGUGAAUGUGUUGAUGUUUUGAGGAAGGAUGAGCUUGAGACUCUGUUGAUUUUGCUUUGGAGGAUUUGGUAUCGAAGAAAUAAGUUUGUGCAUGAGCAGCACAUUAUCGCGGAGGAAGGUGUAUUAGGGUGGGCGCUUGAUUUCCAUAAACGGUAUCGUGAUGCUAAUGCCACAGAGGUUCUUAGAUCUGAGAUGCCUAUUGCCACUAAUGCCCCGGCUGCAACUGUAGCGGCUCAGCCUCGGUGGUCUGCCCCUCCCAUUGGCCAUUUGAAACUCAACGUUGAUGCAGGGCUGGUGGCCGGUAAUCGCAGGGUCGGUUGUGGGGCGGUGGUCCACGAUCACCUUGGGAUUUGCUUGGCAUCAUCGGCGGUCCCGGUCCAAGCUUUAAUCACACCCCCGGUGGCUGAAGCGCUAGCUGUUUUGCAUGGCUUGAUUCUUUGUUCGAGUUUGGGUUUUAAUAAUGUGAUUGUUGAGUCUGAUUGUAAGCGGGUUUGUUUGGCUUUGUCUAACAAAACGCUCCUCUUAGCUGAGUUUGGUUCUGUAAUUGCAGAUAUUUUCUCGCUUUGUAAUAAUCUUGAUGUGGUUGGGUUUUAUCAUUGUAACCGGUCAACCAAUUCCAUAGCUCAUGAUCUAGCCAAGUUGGCUCUUUCCACUGACAAUGCUAUGGUUUGGUGGCCUGGCCUCCCAAGAUGUAUGAGUCCUUGA